AUUCAUUCAGUAAACGUUUGAAUUUAGUUAGGAGAGAGAUUGGCGCUAGUUGUUCAAUCGGUUCAAUCCAAUCAAAGCGGAGUGACCACAUGGCUUUUUAACGUAACAUAGAAAGUGAAAGUGUGACCAACAUGGUGAAAGUGAAACCAGGGUUGAUAACUUCCAGUGUCCUUCAGUAGAUCUUGUUCUGCAUAUUGUCUGCUGAGGUGAGCAUCUUGUCUUCAGCGCUUCAGAGUGGAUCCACUUGAUCACAAUGGACGAUACGAGCGAUCUUCAGGUGGAGUUGGACGAGGUGGAUGCGGAGCUGGAGCUGGUGGACCUUCAGAUCGCUGAGCUCGAGGAGAAGCAGACGGAGCUCAACGCCCGCAAGAGCCAGCUCCUGAAGCGAGUGGGGACGGCGGGCGGGCCGAAGGGCUCCUCCUCCUCCUCCUCCUCCAAGGCCCCGGUAGCUGCUCCUCCGGCACUGAGCAAAACGGAGCUGGAGCGCUACGACAAAGCAGCCUUCUCCUGGUCCAAAGACCUGGAGAAGCACCUGAAGACCUCCUUCAAGCUGCCGUCCUUCCGGCCCCUGCAGCUGAGGGCCAUGAACCUGAGCAUGGAGGGCCGGGACCUCUUCCUGGUCAUGCCCACCGGCCGCGGGAAGAGCCUCUGCUACCAGCUGCCCGCCCUCGUCUCCCCCGGCUUCACCCUGGUGAUCACCCCCCUGGUGUCCCUCAUGGAGGACCAGCUCAUGUUCCUGAACGGCGUCGACGUUCCCGCCGUCUGCCUCAACGCCUCCAGCUCCCGGGAGCACGCCAAGAUGGUGAUGACGGGGAUGACGGACCCCGCAGCGCCCUUCAAGCUGCUGUACGUCACCCCGGAGAAGGUGGCCAAGAGCAAGCUGCUGAUGUCGCGCCUGGAGAAGGCCUACAGCGCCCAGAGGCUCAGCCGCAUCGCCGUGGACGAGGUGCACUGCUGCAGCCAGUGGGGCCACGACUUCAGACCGGACUACAAGCUGCUGGGCAUCCUGAAGAGGCAGUUCCCCACCGUGCCGUUGCUAGGGCUCACCGCCACGGCAACCCUCAGCGUGCUGAAGGACUGCCAGAAGAUCCUGUGUGUCCCAGAGCCAAUCACCAUCACCUCCUCCUUCAACAGGACCAACCUCUUCUACGAGGUCCGUGUUAAAGGAGCCAACAACGACUCGUCCAUGAGUGACAUCGCCACGCUGAUCAAGACCAAAUACAAGGACCAGUCAGGCAUCGUGUACGUGUUCUCCCAGAAGGACACGGAGGCGGUGGCGGCGGAGCUCCAGAAGCAGGGCGUCGAGGCGUACCCCUACCACUCCAACCUGCACGCCGACGACAAGACCAAGGUGCACCGCAAGUGGUCCCGCAACAAGAUCCAGGUGGUGGUGGCCACGGUGGCCUUCGGGAUGGGUAUCGACAAACCUGACGUCCGCUUCGUCAUCCACCACACGCUCAGCAAGUCCAUCGAGAACUACUACCAGGAGAGUGGACGAGCAGGAAGGGACGACAAGCCAGCCGACUGCAUCUUGUACUUCGGCUUUGCGGACGUGUUCCGCAUCAGCAGUAUGGUGGUGAUGGAGAACGUGGGCCAGCAGAAGCUCAUGCAGAUGGUGGACUACUGCCAGAACCCAGACAGGUGCCGGCGGUCUCUGAUGGCGGUCCACUUCGACGAGGUUUGGGACGACAAGGGAUGCAACAAGAUGUGUGACACCUGCAAGAACGGAGAGGAGCACGUCAGCCUGGACCUGGCUCUGCACGGCCGCCAGGUGCUGCAGAUCCUGGAGGUGGCUGCGUCCCAGGAGGAGAAGGUGACCCCGCUGAAGGUGGUGGAGACCUGGCUGGGCAAGGGCCCCGCCAAGAGACGCAAGAUGAUCCAGACCACCGAGCUGUCCAAGGCCCAGGCCGAGGCCGUGAUCGUCCAGCUGCUGGUCCUGGACUACCUUGGUGUGGACUUCAGCUUCACCCCCUACACCACCAACUCGUACCUGAAGCCCGGACGUAAAGCCCCCCUCCUGAAGAGCUCCACCCACAGCCUGGCCAUGAAGAUGAGGAAGACCUCGGGGACCUCUGAGGCAGCGGGAACCUCGACCCUAAAGGUCGCAGACCAAGACGCCCCCGCCGUGACCUCUGACCCCGUGGGGUUCGUCGGCGGGCCUCGACAACCAACCAAUCAGACGAAGGAGCAGCACCAGAACCCGAUGGAGAAGCAAGAGCCCAAGUCCGUCCAAUCACAGGCAGCGCCCACUGGAGCACCAAUCAGAGCGCCCGGCGACGCCCACACCUCCGGUCCCACGGGUGGACCAAUCGGAGCGCCCGGCGACGCCCACACGUCCGGUCGUUCGGGGGUCAGCGAGGGACGAGAACCCGACCCGCCGCCACGCCCGGUCCAACCCAGCGCCAAGAGGAAGUCCACCACCCCGCAGCGCCGGAGGAGGAAGCCCUGCGUCGCCAUGACUCCCGCCUCCGCCCCUGUCGCCGUGGUGACCAGCCCCUCCUCCCCCGCUCCCCGGAGGCCCUCGUCGGUGAUCUCGGACACGGCGGCGGCGGAGCUCAGCGACCUGCGGGACUACUACAGCUCCCAGCUGCGGCGGAUAGACUACGUCUCCCAUGAGCACCUGGGGGGCGCGGCCGGGGGCGGGGCCGACGUGCUGGCGUGCAUCCGGGAGCCGCUGAGGAGCCUGCGGCUGCCGCGCGGCGCGUCCAUCGGCAGGACGGCGAGGAGCCUCUGGACGCGGGUCAGCGGCCGCAGGAAGCUGGUGAACAGGUGACGUCGGCAGCGCAGCACCCGGCCGCCAUCUUGGUUCUGACCGCUCGCCGGGUUUAUAACCAAGAUGGCCGCUGGGUGAACCUGAAGUUCCAAAAUUGCAUUCCAAACCGCCAUCUUGGUUUUUCUUGCCCAGAUAUUAAGAUUAAAGGCGGAUGUGUGUGUGUGUGUGUGUGUGUGUGUGUGUGUGUGUGUGUGUGUGUGUGUGUGUGUGUGUGUGUGUGUGUGUGUGUGUGUGUGUGUGUGUGUGUGUGUGUGUGUGUGUGUGUGUGUGUGUGUGUGUGUGUGUGUGUGUGUGUGUGUGUGAAUGGAUUGGACUACUUGCUGUUGCUGUCUUCUGAUUGGCUGGAUAUCCCAGUUCCCCACCAAUCAGUGUUUCUUUAAUCCAAUUAGCUGUGACUAGUGGAAUCUCCCCAGGGUUUUUUAGUAAUUCACAUGUAACUGGUUUAACUGGGAGGGCCCAUGUGGUAUAAGAUGGGUAUGGGCCGCGAUAUCACUGGAAACCUCCUGAUUUAAUUAACUCUUAUAAUGCAUUUCUUAUGCCCAUCUUUUUUUAUGUGCCUCCUGAAUUUGGUGUUGAUUGGAUGUUUGUCUGCGGAAAGUUCAUUAAAAUGUUUCUUUCUUUU